AUGACGGUUGGACUGCACUCUAUACCGCUGCUCAGGACGGUCAUCUUGAUGUCACCAGGUAUCUCAUCACUCAAGGAGCUGAGUCAAGGAGCUGAGGUGAAUAAUGGAGAUAACGACGGCUGGACAGCAUUACACGUUGCUGCUCAGAAUGAUCAUUUAGAUGUCACGAAACAUCUCAUCAGUCAAGGAGCUGAGGUGAAUAAGGGAGACAAUGACGGCAGGAGAGCAUUGUAUGCUGCUGUUCAGGAGAGUCAUCUUGAUAUCACCAAUUAUCUCAUCAGCCAAGGAGCCGAGAUGAAUGAGGGAGAUAAUGAGGGUAUGAAUAGUCAAGGAGCUGAGGUGAAUAAGGGAGAUACUAAGGGCAGGACUGCAUUACACAGUGCUUCUCAAGGAGCUGAGGUGAAUAGGGGAGAUAAUAAGGGUGGGACAGCAUUACACAGUGCUACUCAGAAGGGUCUUCUCGAUGUCACCAAAUAUCUCAUCAGUCAAGGAGCUGAGAUGAAUAGGGGAGAUAUUGAGGGCAAGACUGUAUUACACAGUGCAGCUCAGGAAGGUCAUCUUGGUGUCACAAAGUAUUUGCUAGCGUUAGGAAUAAGUGUAAACAUUGUUGACAGAAACGGCUCCACCCCCUUGCAUAAUGCUGCUAUGAACGGUGACUUCGAUAUUGUUAAGGUCCUGCUUGAGGAAGGAGCCCUAGUUGAUGUAAAAGAUGUCAAUGGACAGAACCCGCUGCAUCUAUCUUCCAAGAAAGGAAACCCCGACUCCUCCGACAGCUUGGCAAAACACGCAAAGAUCACUGGGAUUCUCGAUGAUCGUGAUGACGAUGGAUUGACUGCCAUUCACCUCGCCACUCAAAAUGGCCACACACCGGUUGUCGAAUCGCUGGUUUCUCAUGGAGCUUCCUUGAACAUCCGGUCGCACAAAGGAAAGACCUGUCUCCAUGAAGCCAUCACACUUUCUGAUCACGAGGACAGAAAAGAGCAAACACAAGGGAAAUCUAAGCAGAUCUCAGAGGACUUCUAUCAGCAAGAGCUUUCCCCAGAGAAGGCUUUGGUCUUAUACCUGCUGGAGCACGGUGCAAAGCUAGAUAUAAGGGAUGGUGAAGGCAAACUACCAGUCCACUAUGCUACCAAUGAAGUUUUCCGACAGAUGAUAUUUUCAAAAGGUACUACUGAGGCCGAGGAGAACGAUUAUGACAAACUUCCGGAAAUGGCGCAAAGUGAUGGAACAGACGAUGUAGAGCAAGUAAACCACGCCUUAGAUGGUAGUUAUGCAAGUGGAAAGUUUGGGGCUCUUGGAGGAAAGCUGUCCACCAAAUCGCAUGGGUUUACACUCCACAUUCCACCUGGUGCCCUUGAGGAAGAUGAGAAAAUCAGCCUUCGGGUCCUGACCGAGAUUCCAAAUGGCCUCACACUUAAAGAGGACGAGCUUCUAGUCAGCCAUGGCUUCAAGUGUUACCCGUCUGGGCUACGCUUUAAGAAACCGGCAAAGCUGAUAAUACCUCACUGUGCAUUAGUUACUGCUCCUAACAAAGUACAGACCAUACUGUAUUCCUGGAAUCAGUCAGGUAACUAA